CGCCCCUCCCGCUUCGGCCACGCCCAUCUCUCAACUCCCCGCUCUGCGCUGCGCUUUUACGACAGCGGCGGCCGUAAAGCGGUAGAGCGGCUUGACAGCGGCGUUGCUGGACCAUGGAAUCCCGCUUCACCCGUGGCAAAUCCCCUUUGCUGGAGCGCCCGCUGGGCCGCCCGCGGGGGGAGGUGAGCCUGAGUGCCUUCGCCCUCCUCUUCUGCGAGUUGGUGCAGUACUGCCAGCGCCGCGUCUACUCGGUGGCCGAGCUGCAGUCCAAACUGGCCCAGCUGGGCCACCAGGUCGGCCUGCGCCUCCUGGACCCGCUGGUGAGCCGCGAGCGGGGCGGGCGCCGCGAGACCAAAGUGCUGAGCAUCCUCCUGUUCGUCAAAGCCGUGUGGAGGGCGCUGUUCGGGAAGGAGGCCGACAAGCUGGAGCAGGCCAACGACGACGACAAGACGUUCUACGUCAUCGAGAGGGAGCCUCUGGUCAACACCUUCAUCUCCGUGCCCAGGGAGAACAGCACGCUCAACUGCGCCGCCUUCACGGCCGGUUUGGUGGAGGCGGUGCUGGGAGCCAGCGGCUUCCCGGCCAAGGUGACGGCGCAUUGGCACAAGGGCACCACGCUGAUGAUCAAGUUUGAGGAGGGGGUCAUCGCCAGGGACAAGAGCCUGGAGGGGCGAUGAGGGGGGCCUGGAGAUGGGGGGUGUCCCCCGUCCUCACCUUGCGACGCUCGCAUUGUUACGUGGCUCUAUAAAUGCUCUCUUGGCCCUUAGGGUGACCAUCAGCAUUGGGUGUCCCAUCAGUGGUGACCACUGUCCCUCCUGGUGGCUUUUGGAGCUACUUGGGGACAUUGGGACCCACUGCUAUUCUUCAGCAACAUCCCCCAUCCUCACACUGGGUCACUCCUGUUGUUACCUGGCUCUAUAAAUGUUCUCUUGGCCCCAUUGGGUGACCUUCAGCAUUGGGUGUCCAUCAUUGGUGUCCGUUGUCCCUCCUGGUGGCCCUUGGAACAGCUUGGGGACAUUGGGACCCACUGCAAUCCCUCAGCACCAAUCCCUGUCCCCACUGGGUCACUCGUGUUGUUACGUGGCUCCAUAAAUGUUCUCCUGUCCCAUUGGUGACCUGCAACCCUGGGUGUCCAUCAUUGGUGUCUGUUGUCCCUCCUGGUGGCCCUCAGCCCCUCCUGGGGACAUUGGGACCCAUUGGUGGCACUCAGCACCAUCUGCCAUCCAUGUCUGGCUUCGUGUUGGAGCACUUGAGUUGGUUCGGGUGCAAUAAAUGUUCUCUUGGCCCAUUGGGUGACAUUCAACCUUGGGUGUCCAUCAUUGGUGUCCGUUGUCCCUCCUGGUGGCUUUUGGAGCUACUUGGGGACAUUGGGACCCACUGCUAUUCUUCAGCAACAUCCCCCAUCCUCACACUGGGACACUCAUGUUGUUAUGUGGCUCUAUCAAUGUCCUCUUGGCCCAUUGGGUGACCAUCAGCAUUGGAUGUCCAUCAGUGGCGUCCAUUGUCCCUCCUGGUGGCUUUUGGAGCUACUUGGGGACAUUGGGACCCACUGCAAUCCCUCAGCACAAGCUCCUGUCCCCAAUGGGUCGCUCGUGUUGUUACGUGGCUCUAUAAAUGUUCUCCUGUCCCAUUGGUGACCUGCAACCCUGGGUGUCCAUCACUGUUGUCACUCAUGGUGGCCCUCAGCCCCUCCUGGGGACAUUGGGACCCACUGCAAUCCUUCGGCACCAACCCCUGUCCUCACGUUGGGACACUCGUGUUGUUACACGGCUCUAUAAAUGUUCUCCUGUCCCCUUGGGUGACCUUCAGCAUUGGCUCUCCAUCAGUGGUGUCUGUUGUCCCUCCUGGUGGCCCUCAGCCCCUCCU